AUGAGAUGCGGGAUCAUUGCAGAAAACUGGACCGCUGCGAUGCUCGAAGUCGACGACGUGGUGGACGUGGAGCUCGUCGAGCUCGUUGACGAUGUACUAGAGGUGGAGCUCGUGGAACUCGUAGACGAGGUACUGGACGUGGUGGACGUAGAACUGGUCGAGCUCGUGCUGCUGGUGGAGCUAGUAGAGCUGGUCGACGAGGUACUCGAGCUGCUCGAGGUGCUCGAGGUUGAAGAAGUGCUCGAAGUCGAGCUCGUGGAUGAAGUGCUCGAAGUCGAAGACGUGGUGGACGUGGAGCUCGUCGAGCUCGUUGACGAUGUACUAGAGGUGGAGCUCGUGGAACUCGUGGACGAGGUACUGGACGUGGUGGACGUAGAACUGGUCGAGCUCGUGCUGCUGGUGGAGCUGGUAGAGCUGGUCGACGAGGUACUCGAGCUGCUCGAGGUGCUCGAGGUUGAAGAAGUGCUCGAAGUCGAGCUCGUGGAAGACGUGCUCGAAGUCGAGCUCGUGGUGGACGUGGAGCUUGUCGAGCUCGUUGACGAUGUACUAGAGGUGGAGCUCGUGGAACUCGUAGACGAGGUACUGGACGUGGUGGACGUAGAACUGGUCGAGCUCGUGCUGCUGGUGGAGCUGGUAGAGCUGGUCGACGAGCUCGUCGAGCUCGUUGACGAUGUACUAGAGGUGGAGCUCGUGGAACUCGUAGACGAGGUACUGGACGUGGUGGACGUAGAACUGGUCGAGCUCGUGCUGCUGGUGGAGCUGGUAGAGCUGGUCGACGAGGUACUCGAGCUGCUCGAGGUGCUCGAGGUUGAAGAAGUGCUCGAAGUCGAGCUCGUGGAUGAAGUGCUCGAAGUCGAGCUCGUGGUGGACGUGGAGCUUGUCGAGCUCGUUGACGAUGUACUAGAGGUGGAGCUCGUGGAACUCGUAGACGAGGUACUGGACGUGGUGGACGUAGAACUGGUCGAGCUCGUGCUGCUGGUGGAGCUGGUAGAGCUGGUCGACGAGGUACUCGAGCUGCUCGAGGUGCUCGAGGUUGAAGAAGUGCUCGAAGUCGAGCUCGUGGAUGAAGUGCUCGAAGUCGAAGACGUGGUGGACGUGGAGCUCGUCGAGCUCGUUGACGAUGUACUAGAGGUGGAGCUCGUGGAGCUCGUAGACGAGGUACUGGACGUGGUGGACGUAGAACUGGUCGAGCUCGUGCUGCUGGUGGAGCUAGUAGAGCUGGUCGACGAGGUACUCGAGCUGCUCGAGGUGCUCGAGGUUGAAGAAGUGCUCGAAGUCGAGCUCGUGGAUGAAGUGCUCGAAGUCGAGCUCGUGGUGGACGUGGAGCUGGUGGACGAGGUGCUUGAGGUGGACGAGGUGGAGACGAUCUCACGAGAGCAUGCGAUAGACCUGCCCACAUCGACAUGA